UCUCAGACAACUUGUUUUGUUCCAUAUUUUUGCCAUCCUCACGGUUUCUCUAUAUAUACGGCCACGUAUGCAAGUCUGGAGUACAAGAAAUGAGGAAUAUGGUGAAGUGCAAGAAGGUUAGGCACCAUGGUGGCAAGGGACGGAAAGAGAAACAGAAGUUUCAGGAAUCUUGUAAGCGAAGAAACCUCAAAAUUCUUCGUAGGAUUGUACCAGGUUGUGAAGAGGUGGACGACGAGGAAGCCUUGUUCCUUAAGUCAAUACAGCAUCUCAUGCUUCUCAAAUCUCAGGUUACUUUACUUAGAAAGCUAGCUUAUAUUUGUGGAGUCUAAAGAACGUAAGUUCUCAACUUGUUAUUAUGCAUCAUAUCAUAAAAGUCAAGCGAGAGAAGCGUAAGAAACAGAGAAGGAGCAUAAAAUAAACAUGGAAAGUUAAGUGAAUUACAUGGAGAAAUUCAAUAACAAGACGAUGAAAAAAAAAUUCAGUUUUUGUUGUAGAAAGUGAGAUCGUAUUUUGUACGGAAGGUAGAAGAAGAGAGACUGAGCAUGUGUUGGAUCGUUGUGACCCAUGUCUUGUAACGACUGUAAUCAUCAGCCAUGUCUAGUUUAAUAGCUCCUCUGUUCGUCUUCAGGACAACGAGAUAACAAGUGUCUUCUAU